AUGCUCAACAAACUUCCAACCGAGCUCAUCCAGCUCAUCGCGGCAUUCUUGCUGGACGCGGCCGAUCAUGUUGCCCUCGCCACUACAUGCGCCCGUUGCCACACCGCGCUCCUUGUCGACUCAUACUCGGUCGCGCUUGCCCACGUCAAGACGGGCUACGCCAACUGCGUCGCCCAUCGACUUUGGAGAGGGGCAGAGCUUGCGCUGCGGCACACCACGCUUCCGCGUGCAUCACGCCGUGAGGUGGAUCCGGCCCUGUUAGUCCCUAUCUUUCAUCGCCCAGAGCCAGACUCGCCUGACUGGCGCGCGCUCGUUACCCGGCUGGCCGAGAUGGACAUAGUGGCCAAGUCUCUGGCCAUGCCGGGAAACAUCUACACAGCGAUGCCGCAGCCGCGGCCCGACUACAUUGGUCCUGCGGCGCUUGCAGCUUCCUGUGGCAUUAUGCCGCUGACGAGAGAGCUUCUGCCUAGGCACGAUGCGGCGCAGGCAUCGCUCGUCCUGUACAUCCUGGCUUUUGCCGGUCAGACGAGCACCGUGGAAGCUAUGAUCCAUGAGCUAACCGAGAGCUUGCUGCCAGAGCCAGGCAACAUUGCCCUCCAGGCCGCCGCUGCAGGCGGUGUCCUUCACACGGUAUAUGUUCUCCUUGCUCGUGACGACGUCGAUCCUGCAGCCAAUGAUAGCUACGCCAUCCGCAUGGCAUGCGCCCGCGGCCACGCCGAGGUUGUUGCCGCCCUACUCGCCGACAAACGCGCCGAUCCGUCUUCCGGGUGCAAUCACGCGCUUCGAUGGGCCGCUUGCCGCGGAUACGCUUCCAUUGUCACCCUCCUCCUUGCCGAUCCGCGCGUCAAUCCCGCGGCAUGUAGUCAGUUUGCCAUCCGACAGGCCUCCCGCCGCGGCCAUGCCUCUGUCGUCGGACUCCUCCUUGCCGACAACCGUGUCAAUCCGGCUGCCAACAACAACGAGUCGCUCUGCUGGGCAGCGCGAAACGGUCAUGAAAGCGUCGUACAUCUCCUCCUUGCCGAUGCCCGAGUCAACCCGGUCGACAAGAGCGCGGUGGCCGAUGCAGCCCGUGCCAAUCGACGGAGCCUCCGCCUGCUCUUCAACCAUCGGUAG